UUUAGCCACUAUUUCUCCGAUUGAUUGAUUGGUCUCUGCUGGAAUGUCUUCCUCCUCCUCCUCCUCCUCCUCCUCCUCCUCCUCAUCAUCAUCAUCAUAGUCAUCUUCAUCAUCGUCAUCAUCGUCAUCAUCAUCAUCAUCAUCGUCAUCAUCAUAGUAAUAAAAAAUUGUAUUAUCGUUUAUUCUUCUUCUCUGAACGACAAUGGUAGAACGAGUAAGAGAAGAUGAUGCCGAUAUGGUGGAUACGAAUGAAAUGCCAGGAAUGGAUGAUGACAAGCAUGAUGUGAAGGAAACUCUUGCUGCUAUUGAUCAUAUUUCUCCUGCAGUUCGAGACGCUGGAGAUCAUCUCCUCCUCGAUCAGUAUCAGGGCUUUGAUGUCGAUCUGAUGCGAAUGUACUAUGCUAGAUUGUUUCCCUAUCAGGAGAUGUACAAGUGGCUUUCCUACGGCCAUGAUCGGAAACAUCCGCAGUCGGACACAUCGUUUUUUGCGAGGAGGGAGUUCUCUUUCACCCUAGACAACGAUAUCUAUAUAAGAUACCAGUCGUUCAAGAGCUGCAACGAUAUGGAAUCAGCAAUACGAGACAAAUGUCCGUUCAAGAUCGACGUUGGAGCUGUAUUCAAUUUUGAUCCUUCCAAACGACAGCUAUAUCAGAGUGCUGGGUCUGAAAAGAUUUUCGCACCUGUGGAGAGGGAACUUGUUUUUGACGUGGAUAUGUCAGAUUAUGAUGAUGUGAGGGUUUGCUGCAAAGGGGCUGAUGUGUGCAAUCGCUGCUGGCCGCUCAUGACCGUUGUAAUACGUGUGCUGGACACGGCACUUCGGGAGGACUUCGGGUUUGCGCACAUAUUGUGGGUGUACAGUGGGCGCCGUGGUGUUCACUGCUGGGUAUGCGACCAAAGGGCACGCAAAUUGAAUAAUGAGCAGAGAAGUGCCAUCGCAGAGUACUUCCGCGUAUACAGAGGAUCAGAGAACAAUGCCAUAAAAGUAAGCCUUCCGGGUUCCUCAUUGCACCCCAGCCUGAGUCGGGCAUAUGAGCAAGUCCUGGACCGUUUCUUUAUUGAACUCAUAUUACCAGGACAAGAGCUCCUGGCCGAUGAGGAGAGUUGGGAAAAAAUUCUGCACAUGAUUCCUGAUAAUGAUGUCCGGAACCAGUUGCGUGUUAAUUGGAGCAGCAGACGACAAACGAAUAGUGAUGUUGACGUAAACGUGCUGAGGUGGAAAGAUCUUGAGAAGUGUGUCAAAGCGUCGAAGGUUAAGAGCCAUGCCAUGAGAAGAUGCUUGGACGAGAUUAUUUUUGUGUACACAUACCCCAGGCUUGACUUUGAGGUGUCCAAGAAUAUGAACCAUCUGCUCAAGGCACCCUUCUGUGUGCAUCCAAAAACAGGCCGGGUGUGUGUUCCAAUCGAUCCUCAAACAUGUGAGGAUUUCGAUCCCAUGGCUGUCCCAACAGUAUCGCAGUUGCUGAAUGAGCUCAAUACUGCUUCCUCGGAGGAAACCAGCAAGACAGUGGAGAGAGUGAAAGAUUUUGAAAAAACAUCGAUGCGAGAGGCAGUGGAAAUCUUUAGAUCGACAUUUCUGGAUGAUUUGUGCAAGUCGUGCAAGGCGGAACUCGAUGCUGCGUACAUGACGAAGGUUCAAGCGAGUUCUAAGCUGCCCACGCUGGCCUGGUAAACAAACAGCAAGCAACUUCAAACCAACGCUUACUCGCCCGUCUCCAUGUCGCAUUGCUCCCCGCCG